UCAAACAUAGAUGAAGGUGUUAAGAAAAGCUUUCUGGCUGUUCCUGGUGGUUUAGAGACUGCAGCCAGUAGCAGACUGCAUUUGUGUAAAGCUGCUUAGAACCUGUGCUAGACAGGCUUUCUUUUAAAAGAAGUUCCAAAGUGCAGUGCCACCACAAGGAACCCCUACUCUGCAUCGCCUAGUCUAUCGUAGGCUGCGGUCACACCGAUCAAGAUAUAUGCUGCAAACGUUGAUGAGUAAGGGCAUUGAUGGGGAAGAGAUGUUUCGCAAAAUACUGUGAUCAUAGGGAUUUAAUGGUCAAAAGCUUCCCAUUAAAACUUUCCUAGAAGUUCAUAGGCACUUAUUUUCUGGAAUUUGACCUUGAUUGCCAAAUACCAUGAACAACUACAGUGUUGCUUUGGUUGGUCCAGCCCCUUGGGGUUUCAGGCUUCAAGGUGGCAAAGAUUUCAACAUGCCUCUGACUAUCUCUCGGUUGAGCGACGGAGGCAAAGCAGCUAAUGCAAACGUUGGAAUAGGUGACGUGGUGCUCAGUAUUGAUGGGAUAAGUGCAGAUGGCAUGACUCACCUGGAAGCACAAAACAAGAUCAAGACCUGUUCAGGCAACCUGACUAUGAAUCUGCAGAGAGCACCUGCAGCACCAAAACCUGAUCCUAUACCUGUGCAGCAGGUAGAGCCUAAGGAACUAGUUAAGCCUGUGCCCAUUGCAUCCGCAGUCGUACCCAAAGUUUCAUCCACAGCCAACGUGGCCUUCAAUAAAGCCCCAAGGCCAUUUGGGGCUGUAUCAUCCUCCAAGGUCACUUCCAUUCCAUCGCCAUCGUCUGCCUUCACUCCAGCCCAUGCGGGCUUUUCAUCACGUGCUUCCCCUACACCACAGGCCACUGUCACGCCUCCCCCAUUCACUGCCUCUGGACUGCAUGCUAAUGCCAAAGCUAAUGCUGACCAGCGUUCACCUAUGCAGAGCGCUGCUAAACCGGCAGUUAAUAUCCCAUGGCAGCCCACACACACUGCAUCCUUGAACACCCCUUCCAACGAAAAUGCCCCGGAAGUGCCAGAGGGGCAGCGAAGAGGAUUCAAAGAGAACCAGGGUGACAAUAAGCAGCAAAAUGGUAACCCUGAUGAGGUGAAAAACCCACCUAAACGUCCACCACGGAAGCAUGUUGUGUAUACAAAUACGGAGUUCUAUCAUCCACCCCUUCACAGCAACAACAGCAAGAAACGACUGAUUGAGGAUACAGAGGAUUGGCACCCAAGGACAGGAACUACCCAGUCACGUUCUUUCCGCAUCCUUGCACAGAUUACUGGCACUGAACACAUGAAAGAACCCGAACCUGAGAAUGCAAAAAAGUCAAAUGAUUCUCAGGAGCCAGCACAAUUUGCUGCGUAUUCCGCUGCCACAGUAAGGAACAUGCCUGAAAACCCAGAAAAUGGUGCAAAUAGAGCAGUUUCUGCCAGUACAGCAUCUGUACCAGCCUUCAAGCCAACAGGUCCUCAAUAUGCUGUCAAAACCUCAGGCUGGCAAUCUUCUAAUCAGCCAGCAACUGGAACUGGAUGGACAGCAAACAAUAGUUCAAGACCCAUUAUGCCAAGUGAAAAAACUGCAGCAACACCUCCUCUAACAGAUGAAGACACUUUGAUCCAAAGGGCAGAGCAUAUUCCAGCAGGAAAGCGAACUCCAAUGUGCGCUCAGUGCAAUCAAGUAAUCAGGGGACCUUUCCUGGUGGCCUUAGGGAAAUCUUGGCACCCAGAGGAGUUUAAUUGUGCCCACUGCAAAACCUCCAUGGCUUACAUUGGCUUUGUGGAAGAGAAAGGAGCCCUUUACUGUGAGGGCUGCUAUGAGAAGUUCUUUGCCCCUGAAUGUGCCCGAUGCCAGAGGAAAAUACUUGGAGAAGUGAUAAAUGCCUUGAAACAAACCUGGCAUGGUUCCUGCUUUGUGUGUGUGGCCUGUCACAAGCCCAUUCGCAAUAAUGUUUUCCAUUUGGAAGAUGGUGAUCCUUAUUGUGAGACAGAUUAUUAUGCCCUCUUUGGUACCAUGUGCCAUGGUUGCGAAUUCCCCAUUGAAGCUGGGGACAGGUUUCUGGAAGCCUUGGGCUCCACUUGGCAUGAUACCUGCUUUGUAUGCUCAGUGUGCUGUGAGAGUUUGGAGGGCCAGAGUUUCUUCUCCAAGAAGGACAAGCCUCUGUGCAAGAAACAUGCUCAUUCUGUGAACAUCUGAAACAUUAAAAGUUGCUAAAAACAAAAUGACAGGAAAAGAAAGAUGCCGGGUGUUGGUUUUCAAUUGGCUUACUAAAGUAUUUAUGUAGACUUUUUUAAUUGUAGAAGUGAAAAUGUGGGAAGGAGUCGGUUUUAUGGUUUUUCAUGCACUGCAAUGGGGAGUAUUUAGAGUGACCUGCAAUAGUGAAAUCAAACAAAAGAAGAUAGACAUUCUCUAAGGAGAGCAAACAUACAGGAUUAUGCUUCCCAACCCCUUUUUUCCUUUUUCUUUUUGCAAAAGGUAAUCUUGUCUCAGUCACUCAUUUUGUAGCUCUAUUUGCAUUUCUGUUUAAUUGCAACAAAUGGUAAAAUGAUUUGUAGACACGUGGCAAAUUUCAAGUUGGGUUUGUUGUUGCUUCACGGGUAGGGAGAAAGAAGGAAGGUUCAACUUUACCUAAAUAGUUUGGGUAAAGAAUUCCUUCCACUGCCCGAAAGCUUCUGUCAGCGGAACAGAAAAGGGGGUAAUUUUCAGAGAUCCUGCAGCCUUUCACCCCCUGCCCAAAAUAUCUGCUCCAGGGAUGCCCCACGUUUCCAGAGCAGGUUGGGUGUUAUAGGUGCUGCAGGGAAGAAGAGGAAUCACUGAAAAAUGCACCCAAGGCCACUGCCAAAAGCCUUACUCAGCAGAGAAAAUCUUUCAACCACCUCAAAUGUAGUAUGUUUUCCAAAAAUAUAACCAGCAACAUGAACCUGCUUAUUGGCGCGAAAUACCAUUUUCGUGUUAUAAAUAAUUAGGCAAUUUAAAACGGAGCAAUGUUAAAUCCUCUUCUUUUAACUCCCACAUGAUAUAAACAUUUACCUUUUUGCAUUCAAUUUUUUUCCUUAAAUGAUGCAGAGAAAGUAACUAAAAUGUUAUACACCAAGUAAUGAGAUACUCAGCCAUGCAGAAAAUAACUUUUAUGAGUGUUCGGGACGAACAUGCAACUUAGUGGCUCUUACAAUGUAACAAAUAUUGCUAUAAGAAGUCUGAGGGAGGAGGGUCUGACGCAGAUUACAUGAAAAAUCAUCUCUUACACAUUUUUAUAUAUACUUCUACUUCUGUGUGCACAUAGCGCUUCUUUUGGUGUAAGAAAUACAAAAGGGAAGAAGGGU